AUGGGUGAUCAGAAGGUAGGAUGGAAGUGGCGGAACAGGUGUUUUGUGUUUGCUGCGGUCUCAGGGCGUACAAAGAAAGGCGAGUAGCGCGAAGGACGGGAACUUUGUUGCUGUUUUCUAUCAUUGGAUUGUAUUCCGUCCUUCAAUACAACCUUGAAUGGUUACAUAUUUUAAUUGAUUUAAAACACCAUGCGUAUUUCGCGGAGGCGCGUCGACAUCAAGGUUUGCAGUACCUCAACCAUUCGAUGCUCAUGAGCAUCAAAUUUCGCCAAGAAGACUCCAAUUCGUGCGCGAGAAAAACUGCGCCUGGCUAGGUCUCAGAAUAGUCUUUAUUGAUUUAACUUGUAAAUGCAUACCAGUCCAAGACACAUUAACAGCUGUCUGUUUUUAAUUUUUAUCGAUUUGCUGAGACCGAGGUUGCAAUAAGUGUAGAGAGUGUCCCGUUAUCCCUAUGAUUGGGGCCUGGCGCAUAGCCUCUCGCAUGAAGGAGCAUAUUAAAUGCUUAUUGGGUUGGGAGUGUAUGAUUCUAUGAACCUGACGGGCGUGGGACUGGACUGUGGAAAUGUCUCACAUAAUUUGCCUGGAUCUUUUUAAUGCAGUAUCAUAAUGAAUUCAGAUUGGCUGCUGCAGAGAUAGGGUGCAUAGUGUAUGAUGGUGGGUUAAACCUAACCACUGGAGAGGAGACGCAUUAUUAUAUUAUAUGGAUGCGUAUCCUUAUGGUUAUGUAGCAAGAUGUUCGCCCUUGUCACAGUUUACACAGAAGGGAAAAUUACUGGGAAGAGAUUCAGGGGACUAAGUAGCCUACUGACCAUUUAUGAUUCAUCCUUACUUCUUUAAAUGUACGCUAGUAUUGUUAGGAGUCACUACUGAUGUGUUAUCUUGAAGCAAGGCAUCUCAAGGAAAUAUUAUAUUAUUAUAUUGAGAACUUGGUCCAAUGUCCAAUGUGAUAUGUAACAAUGUUCUCUAUAAUAUAUUUGUAGGCUUAAUAACCUUUUGUAUGUUGUUAAGGAAUCGCUUCAUAAGAUUACCACAACCCUGGCCCUGAAGAAUGAGGAGAUUACAAACUUCAUUUGCUGUCUGAAACAGAGCCUGGAGAACCUGGAGGUAUUGUACACAACAUCUGGCUGUUCUAACAUUAAGAUUACAGUCUGACAGUAGGAUAUGUGCACAACACAUAUAGACAAUACACACAUGGUAUUAUGAAUUUGGCAUGUCAUGGUAUACUAGUCAGAUGGACUGGCUGGAUGUACAUGGUAUCUAUCAGUGAACUGAUUCCUUCCCUAUUGACCCCUGCAGGGUAACUCCAGCCGUGUCCAGGAGGACCUGGAGACAGAGUUCAGCUCCCUCCACUCAGUACUGGACGAUAUGAAGGACAGUAUGGUCACCAGGAUCAAACAGGAGAGGGCCAGCCGCACCUAUGAGCUACAGGUCAGUUCACCUUUAUUGGCCAUUUACUGGAUAAGGGUUUUACAUGCCUUUGCUUUGCAUUUUCUUGAGCUUCCAAGAUUUCAGUCAUUAACAUUCAACAUUGGAACAAUAUUUGGAUGACUUCCCCAGGCUAUCCGAUCAUAAGAUCAGCUCAUGAUCAGUGUAGCAUGACUCAUUCUCAGGCUCACAAUCGGGUGAACUUUUUGUGCAGACUGAUUCAGUGUUGCUAUGAAAGAAAUGUUGCCAUGAAAGGCUGUGUGUGUUGGGGUUCACAACGUUAGUAUUCCUAGAGGAUUAUUGUGUCUGUGUAUAAUCCUGUUUUAUCUCUUAGCCUCUGAGUGUCAGUCAGUCAGUCAGUCAGUCAGUCAGUCAGUCAGUCAGACAAAGCCACGGCAGGGGCAGCUUUGUAAUGACAUCACUACACUACAUCCCUCUGUGCUUGAUUAUGUGAGUGGGUAGCCAAACGGAUAUAUUGUACAGCUUCCAGUAGGUUAAUUGAAAAUAAUAAUGAAAAAGAAAGUGAUUCAUGGCUAUUCAACUCAAAUAACUUUUCUUAUGAACUUUUCCUCUGAUGGAAAGAAACUUCAAUGACACAGUACAGCAUAGAAUACCUUCAUUAUAUUGAAAGGAAACAUUGUCUGGACUGUGAUUAAAUAUAUCAUGCUCUCUCUCUCAGAGUCAGCUGAGUGCGUGCUCCAAAGCCUUGGAGAGCUCAGAGGAGCUUUUGGAGGUAGCCAAUCAGACUCUCUGCUCCUCGGAAGCAGACGACUUCACUCAGGUAACGGCUGGCAAAAUCUUCUACAACCUAACUUUCAUUUACAUAUUUUCUGCAAUGAUGCCAUGAUGGCAUUGGUAUUUAGCUUGAGGAUAUCCAUAAUGGUUCAUAAUGGUUUUAGUGGCAUGACUGUUGUUUUAACACAGUUACUACCUGUUUCUUAUCUUUAUUUACCUUUAUUGUAAAGCAGUAUAGUAUAGUAUGUUGAUCUGAUGUGGUUCGUUGUGAUGUGUGUACUUAUUAACACAGAUGUAAUGUUUUUAUUGUAAGGAUGUGGCUGCAACUCAGUUCUCUGUUUGUCCGUUUCUCCCCUCUCCUUCAUUUCCUUUUGCUUUCCCUCUCUGCUUCUCUCCAGGCGGCCAAAGACAUUAAGGAUAGGUAUAGUAGAUUGCUGCCCAUUUCUCAGAGUAUCUUCUUAACUCCCUAACCAUCUGCUCACCCACAUGCUUUCCAACAAAAUCUAGAUUAGAUACAAUCACGCUGUAGCACGCUCUUUCUUCACCACUCUGGCAUUUCAUCUCAGCCUUUUCUCUCUCACCUCACCUGCCCUCUCUGUCUCAAACAUGUGUCAGUCCCUCAUGGCACAUGCUCCAGUCUAUCCCCUCUCUGGCAGUGGCAGUUUAGCUUGUAUGUUUUGUGUAUGUCAGUUCAUGAUUCAUGAAUGUUUUUGUGUGGUACAGUAGAAGAGUAGUUAGUAUGGUAUUAUAGCUCUGUGUAGUGAUUAGUUACAGUAGUACUACAGUACAACAUUCACUAACUAAUGUGUCCCGUCAGUCCUUCAGUGGGUUGAAUAAUGAGGGAUGUCUCACUGUGUGUUUUUGUUUGUGGGAGAGCAGUGUGACAAUGGCCCCAGCCUUCCGUUUGUCGCUGAAAGCCAAAGCCACUGACACCAUGAGUCACAUGAUGGUGGACUUCACCCAAGAGAGGGAGAUGCUGCAGGCCAUCAAGUUCCUCCCAGGUCAGUCUGUGAACUGUCAUGUCUCUAUUGGUUUUUCUUUAAGAACUGAACUUUAUAGUUAAUGUGAAUUGUGAUUUAAAAAAAAUAAAAUACUGCUGCCUUGUCCGUGUACAAUGAUUUUGUAUUUUGCUUGUGGCUAGUAGUGACAAAUGAGUAGGACAAUAAGGCUAAUCUCAAUCUCUCUAUCUUCCCCAGUGCCUGCGACCCCAGAGAUUCUGGUGUCAGAGUGCCAGGUGUGUGACAACACAGUGACGGUACAGUGGGCUCUGCCUGAGCCCGACAGCAAGAUAGACCACUAUGACCUGGAACACCGCCACACCAACCAUGAGGGGCCGCCCCGCGCCCGAGAGGACUACCCAUGGAUGGUAGUGGAGGGCAUCCGCGAGACCGAGUACACCCUUACAGGUAAGAGUUGACUCGAGAAGAGAAGUACGGGUUAGGGUUAGAGUUAUGGUUAGGGUUGAGCCGGGUUGUGGACAAGAAACUAGCGUUAGGGUUAGGGUUGAACCGGGAUGUGGACAUGAAACUAGGAUUAACGUUAGAAAUAGGGUUAUGGCUAGGAUUAGGUUUGAGCCAGGGUGUGAACAUGAAGCUAGGGUUAGGGUUAAGGGUUAGGGUUGAGCCGGGGUGUGGACAUGAAACUAUAGUUAGCUCCGAAAGUAUUGGGACAGUGACAAUUUUGUUGUUGUUUUGGCUCUGUACACCAGUAUUUUGGAUUUUAAAUGAUACAAUUACUAUGAGGUUAAACUGCGGACUAUCAGCUUUAAUGUGAGGGUAUUUUCAUCCAUAUUGGGUGUACCGUUUAGAAAUUACAUGAUUUUUGUACGUCUGUAACUUUCUCACUCAUCAUUAUUCAAAAUUUCAUUCAGGACUGUCCAUAAUCAUGGUACCAUCCAUAUUAAUGUAGAAGUGUUUAGAAACAUAUUAUAUUCUUAUUUACAAUAAAAGUGAGCCCGAAAUGAUACAAUACAUUAUUUACCAUUAAUUUCUAUUGGGCACAAAAUAAUCAGAAACACAACCAAAACAAACAGCAAAUGCAUCCAACAAGUUUGUAGAGUCACAAGCUUGAUGUAAUCAUUGCUUGCCAGGAAUAUGGGACCAAAUACUACACUUUUGACUACUUGAAUACAUAUAUAAGUGAAUUUGUACAAAAAGUGCUGUAAUUUCUAAACGGUUCACCCGAUAUGGAUGAAAAUACCCUCAAAUUAAAGCUGACAGUUUGUAUCAUUUAAAGUCCAAUGUGCUGGAGUACAGAGCCAAAACAACAACAAAUGUGUCACUGUCCCAAUACUUUUGGAGCUCACUGUAGUGAGAGGAGUGUAGUAUGAAAAAAGGCCUGUCUUUGGAUGCAGUAGCCUAGGAGUAAUACGUUGACUCUAAUCUACCAAAUGUAAUUGUCAAGUAGCCAUCAAAUUCAUUAUUAUUAUUAUGUAUUUUCAGGGCUUCGCUUCGACACACGCUACAUGACAUUUCGUGUGAAGGCAUGUAACAAGGCUGUGGCAGGAGAGUUCUCUGAGCUUGUAACACUGGAGACACAUGGUGAGUGACCGGAACUGGACAUAGUCCUCCACCGGGAGAAUGUAUGUAGCUUAUUGUCCUUAAUGGCCUAAUGAUGUCAUGAUAAGAAUGAGUCAGCAAACCCUCUCUCCACCUCUCCUUUCAGCUUUCCUGUUCAAGCUGGAUGCAGGCUCGGCCCAUCAGAACCUGAAGGUGGAGGACCUCAGUGUGGAGUGGGACAGCUGUGGGGGGAAGGUUGUCCAGGACAUCCGCAAGGACAAGAACAGAACCAACCAAUCUCCCAUGCACUCACCUGCCAGGUCAGAAACAUUUUAUGCCAAAUCCUUUGUGUACUCUUAACAGUGUAUAGAAUGAAAGUUGAUGUUCAACGUUGGUGGCCUCCUCUCCUAGGACGGCCAUGAAUUCACCUAAGAGAGUGCCGUCUGCUCGGGUCGGCAGAGACCGAUUCACGGCUGAGUCCUACACUGUACUGGGAGACACUUUUAUCGACGCAGGCCAGCAGUACUGGGAGGUGCGUUUCGAUAAGGAGAGCAAGGCGUUCGCUGUGGGCUUGGCCCUGCGGAACCUGGGCCGCUUUGACCAGCUGGGGAAGAGCAAUGCCUCAUGGUGCAUCCACCUGAACAACUGGCUGCAGCAGAGCCUCACAGCCAAGCACAACAACAAGGCCCGCACCCUGGACUGUCCUAUCCCGGACCGCAUAGGGGUCUAUUGCAACUACGAGGAGGGUGAGAUGGAUCUCCUGUUCCCUUUGUAGCAGUUUCCUCCAUCCAGUUAGCACCACUUAACUCAGACUGACAUACAGCAUGUUGUUAUCUGGACUUCAUUAAAUUGGUCUGGAUUAAGGAUUGGACCAGGAAUGGGUUGGGUAAUGUAGUCAAAUGAACAUGUUCAUUUCACUGGUGCCUGUCUGCAGUCUGCAUCUAGUCUGGAAGACACAUUUCAGUUGAAUGCAUUCAGUUGUACAACUGACUAGAUAUCCCCCUUUCCCUUUCCACUCAGUGUUCCUUAGCUAUGCCGCUGAAUCAAAUUUCAAGCUGCCUUGUGUCACAUUACCUUUCUCUCCAUCCAGGUGCACUGUCUUUCUACAACGCCAGAACCAAGACACUGAUGCACACCUUUCGAACCAAGUUCACGCAGCCUGUCAUACCAGCCUUCUCGGUGAGAAACAUCGAUUUUUGGGUGGCUCACAGAUUAAAAAGUUAUGAAACCACUACCGGUAUCUUUGAUAACUGCCUGUGAGUUAAGCAUGUGCUGUCUCCCCCUGCAGGUGUGGAAUGGGAGUUUCUCAGUGCAGACGGGUCUGCAGGUGCCCAGUGCGGUGCAGAGCGGCCAGAGGAAGAACAGUGGUACCAGCAGCUCCAACGCCAGCCUCACCUAG